UACAGAGGAGCAUGCUUUGCAUUUCAUUGGAUUCCGAGAUUUUCUCUGCACGUAUGCUACUACUAAUGGGUUCCUGAGCGCGCCGCAUUGAGAUUUAGGGCUGCAGACAUAGGUAGCGCUCACCAGGAAAACGAGCUCAACGUGAACAUUUAGCUACGGAAGUCAAACACAUUGCUGCUCCCAGACGAGGUUUUGAGCUCCUUGACCAGACUGAAACAAAAGCCAGUCCGUCUCGAGGAUUUGGUAGCGUGAGCAAGCGUAAAUGCUCUGUUUCAAUACAGUAAAUCGAAAUUAUUAAACGGAGAUAGUAUCGAAUUAUUUCAGCGCAAUUUGUACGUUGAGUCUGACGCUAAGCGUAUUUUGUUUACAGUUUAGCUAGCAUUGCUUGUAUAAGUUGCUAUCUAGCUAACGUGAUAUCUCUAAACAGCCUGCUUGCAUGCUAGCAACAUUUUAGCUUGCUAGUAAUACAAGUAGCCUAGCGAACAUAUAACCUGGAAGAGUAAAUAUAAUGACAGGUUUGGCAGACGGUUCCAUAUGACAUUCUUCGUCGACACGGGACGAUUUGCCAUACUAUGAGAUAUUUCAUCAAGUAGUAUCUCACAAUGGAAUUAUACUGGUACAUAGUUGUCAUCAUCUUCAUUAUCAUCAAGAUCUUCUUCUACGUGUGCUGGUACCGCUCACGUCAGAGACAGCUGGCUGCCUACCUUAGUAACCCUCGCAACGCACAGAUCGUCAUCGUUGGAGGAAGGGCCUACCUCCAUCAGAUGUGUGAGCGACAGAAUUCCUCCUCCAUCUGGCCCAGUUGGUACGGCGUCCAGGAUGAGGGCUCUGUUGGGGAGCCCUCCCCCUCCCUCCCCCCGGCCGCCUCCUUCUCUCAGCUGGACAUGCCCCCUCCCUAUGAGGCGGUUUCUGGAGCGGAUGACCUGAAGCCACCUCCGUACAGCGAGUGUGCCCAGAUCGAUGAGACCGACGCCCCCCACUCUUCCCGCCACGCCCCCCCGGCGCUCGAUGAGGGAGAGGACUCCGGCAGCAUGAGUGAAGCCCCGCCCCCCUACACGCCCAGCCCCCUCACACUGCCUAGCCAGCGAGAGGGUACUGUCCGCCUCAACCAAUCACAGCCCUCUGAGGGCAGAUCCAUGUAGAACAGUAGCGACUUGCCAACACGCCUUUUCAAAUGUUGCCUUCCUCCCCUUGACCUCAGCGAUCACUGCCGAUCACAUCUCUCUCUCAUCUCAGCGGAGAGGAUGAGGUGUAUAUAUAUAUAUGUGUGUGUGUGUUUGUUAGUUUUCUAACCACACGUUUUUCUAUUUUGUACUGAGGAGUGGUUUCUGUUGAGUCAUGAUAACAGAUGAUUGCAUGGAGCCUGUGUGCCUCUGGGUCACUUCCACACCUGCAGCGUCCAAACCAAUCAGACAGUGAAGGAGGGUGAUUUACACACACACACACACAUAUAUAUACAGUAGGCCAUUGGACGAAUGAUGGCCUUUUUUAUUACUGCUAUGACUAGUCCACUUUUAUUAAGUUCAUUUACUUAGACAAUACAGAUGAUUCACCUGAUUUGAAAGGUGUUCAUUUUCUUCCACGCCCAACAGAAAGGCUUUUUUAGACCGAGGUGGAGUCAAGGUCUGAAAUGGCAGCGGUGAUGUGAUUUCAAAGAAAAUCCUUCAUAUGAAAUGUAGCUUGGAACAGCCAGUGGCUGGUAACACAUUAAUGUACAAUCUAUAACAGUUUUUUAACAUUGGCCUGUGCCAUGCAAAACCUCUCCCUUCUCUCACUCGUCUCAGGCUGCUAUUGGAAGUCAGCUACUUUUGUUUAUAAUCUUUAAUUUUUAAUUGUUUGGUUGUAUUGUGUCAUCUCUACAUAUUGGAGAAUGGCAUAGAUGUUCCAUUGUUAAUGUCUCUCAGAAUCCCCCCUCCCUCUCAUGUAGGGGAAUGGAUCCCAAUGUUUGGUCCCCACUGUAUGGAUGACCGGAUACAUUUGUUGAGUUUCUGCGUGGAGAUGUCCCCAAAGGGUGUAUUAGAAGUAUGGGGUCAAAAUAUGUGUUUGUGGGGGGUGGAGAAAUAUAUGAAUCCAAACUAUAGAGGGACUCAGUCAUUACCCUCUAAAGUAGAAAAUAGGCUGGGGUUUCUGCGAAUCAUGUUACUAUUGCGUCCUCCAUUUUGUGAUGACAAAUCCCAGGUCUUCUUUGUCAAGUGGAAUGUCUACUGACGAGCCCUCGCUUAGUCACAACUCUGAGUCCUGCUUCAAGUAAACCAGCUAAUGAGCAUCACAACAAAAUGGUUCAGGUUGUUGAUGUGGCCAUGUUUAUUCCCAUGUCUUAAAUGCUUGACACAUCAAACCACUCAAAUCAAGGCCUUAUGCAUUCUGUGGAUUGAAUUGUUUAUUUUGUUGCGUUCAGGUUUUUAGCAGUUGGGGUUACUUCUUCAAUAAACACAUGUUCAUAA